CGGGCGGCCGCUCGGGCCGGCGGCGGAGCGGCGGCGCUCGCGCUCUGGAUGGUCAGCAGCUGCCUCUGCAGAGCCUGGACGGCCCCCUCCGCGUCCCAAAAAUGUGACGACCCGCUGGUCUCUGGCCUCCCCCACUCCGCGUUCAGCAGUUCCUCCUCCAUGUCAGCCAGCUACGCUCCCGGCUACGCCAAGAUCAACAAGCGAGGCGGUGCUGGGGGGUGGUCCCCAUCAGACAGUGACCAUUAUCAAUGGCUUCAGGUUGACUUUGGCCAUCGGAAGCAGCUCAGUGCCAUAGCAACCCAAGGAAGAUACAGCAGCUCCGACUGGGUGACCCAGUACCGAGUGCUCUACAGUGACACGGGGAGGAACUGGAAGCCUUACCAUCAAGAUGGAAACAUCUGGGCGUUCCCCGGAAACGUCAACUCGGACAGCGUGGUGAGGCACGAGCUGCAGCACGCCGUCAUCGCCCGCUACGUGCGCAUGGUGCCGCUGGACUGGAGCGGCGAGGGCCGCAUCGGGCUCCGGAUCGAGGUCUACGGCUGCGCCUACUGGGCUGACGUCAUCAACUUCGACGGCCACGUGGUGUUGCCCUAUCGGUUCAGAAACAAGAAAAUGAAAACGCUGAAAGAUGUCAUCUCCUUGAAAUUUAAAACUUCCGAGGGCGAAGGGGUGAUCCUGCAUGGGGAAGGCCAGCAAGGAGACUACAUCACUCUGGAACUGAAGAAAGCCAAGCUGGUCCUCAGUCUAAACCUAGGAAGCAACCAGCUGGGCCCCAUCUAUGGGCACACAUCCGUCAUGGCCGGAAGUCUGCUGGACGACAACCACUGGCACUGUGUGGUGGUUGAGCGCCAAGGACGCAGCAUUAACCUCACCCUGGACAGGAGCCUGCAGCACUUCCGCACCAAUGGAGAGUUUGACUACCUGGACUUGGAUUAUGAGAUAACAUUUGGAGGUGUACCUUUCUCUGGCAAGCCAAGUUCAAGUAGUAGAAAGAAUUUCAAAGGUUGCAUGGAGAGUAUUAACUACAAUGGAAUCAAUAUUACUGACCUUGCCAGACGGAAGAAAUUAGAGCCAUCAAAUGUGGGAAAUUUGAAUUUUUCUUGUGUGGAGCCCUACACAGUCCCUGUCUUUUUUAAUGCUACGAGUUACCUGGAGGUACCUGGGAGGCCUCACCAGGACCUGUUCUCGGUCAGUUUCCAGUUCAGGACUUGGAACCCCAACGGUCUCCUGCUGUUCAGCCACUUCGCAGAUAAUUUGGGCAACGUGGAGAUCGACCUCACCGAGAGCAAAGUGGGAGUCCGGGUCAAUGUCACGCACAUCAGGAUGAGCCAAAUCGACAUCUCCUCAGGGUCUGCGUUGAACGACGGGCAAUGGCAUGAGGUUCGCUUCCUUGCCAAGGAAAACUUCGCUGUUCUCACCAUCGAUGGCGAUGAAGCAUCGGCUGUCAGAACAAAUAGUCCUCUGCAAGUGAAAACGGGGGAGAAGUACUUCUUUGGAGGUUUUCUGAACCAGAUGAGUAACUCAAGUCACUCUACCCUUCAGCCCUCAUUCCAAGGAUGCAUGCAACUCAUCCAAGUAGAUGAUCAGCUGGUGAAUUUAUAUGAGGUGGCACAAAGAAAGCCAGGAAGUUUUGCGAAUGUCAGCAUUGAUAUGUGUGCCAUCAUCGACAGAUGUGUGCCUAACCACUGUGAGCAUGGUGGAAAGUGCUCUCAAACAUGGGAGGGCUUCAAAUGCACUUGUGACGAGACGGGGUACAGCGGAGCCACCUGCCACAACUCUAUCUAUGAGCCAUCCUGUGAAGCAUACAAACACUUAGGGCAGACGUCAAAUUACUACUGGAUAGAUCCUGAUGGCAGCGGACCUCUGGGGCCUCUGAAAGUCUACUGCAACAUGACAGAGGACAAAGUGUGGACCAUCGUGUCUCAUGACUUGCAGAUGCAGACCACAGUGGUGGGAUACAACCCAGAAAAGUACUCGGUGACCCAGCUCCUCUACAGCGCCUCCAUGGACCAGAUUGGCGCCAUCACCAGCAGCGCAGAGUACUGCGAACAGUACGUCUCCUACUUCUGCAAGAUGUCCAGGCUGUUGAACACCCCAGAUGGAAGUCCUUACACCUGGUGGGUUGGCAAAGCCAAUGAGAAGCACUAUUACUGGGGAGGGUCAGAGCCCGGAAUUCAGAAGUGUGCCUGCGGCAUCGAGCGCAACUGCACGGACCCCAAAUACUACUGCAACUGCGACGCAGACUACAAGCAGUGGAGGAAGGAUGCUGGCUUCUUAUCGUACAAAGAUCACCUGCCAGUGAGCCAGGUGGUCGUUGGAGAUACCGACCGGCAAGGCUCAGAAGCCAAACUGAGCGUGGGUCCCUUGCGGUGCCAAGGAGACAGGAAUUACUGGAAUGCCGCCUCUUUCCCAAACCCUUCAUCCUAUCUGCACUUCUCUACCUUCCAAGGAGAAACAAGUGCUGACAUCUCUUUCUACUUCAAGACGCUAAUCCCCCGGGGAGUGUUUCUUGAAAAUCUGGGAAACACGGACUUCAUCAAGCUGGAACUGAAAUCUGCCACCGAAGUGGCCUUUUCAUUUGAUGUCGGAAAUGGGCCAGUGGAGAUUGUGGUGAGGUCGCCCUCCCCCCUCAAUGAUGACCAGUGGCACCGCGUCACGGCAGAGAGGAAUGUCAAGCAGGCCAGCCUGCAGGUGGACCGGCUGCCCCAGCAGAUCCGCAAGGCCCCCACCGAAGGCCACACCCGCCUGGAACUCUACAGCCAGCUGUUCGUGGGUGGGGCUGGAGGGCAGCAGGGCUUCCUGGGCUGUAUCCGCUCCUUGAGGAUGAAUGGAGUGACACUUGACCUGGAAGAAAGAGCAAAGGUCACAUCCGGGUUCAAAUCAGGAUGUUCCGGCCACUGUACCAGCUAUGGAGCCAACUGUGAGAAUGGAGGCAAGUGCAUCGAGAAGUACCACGGCUACUCCUGCGACUGCUCUCACACGCCGUAUGAUGGGACUUUCUGCAACAAAGAUGUCGGCGCGUUUUUUGAAGAGGGGAUGUGGCUGAGGUACAACUUCCAGCCCCCUACCGUCAGUGCCAGAGACGCAGGCAGCAGAGCAGAGCACGCCGUGGACCCGCAGCCCCCGGCCCCCGACCUGGCCGGGGAGCACAUCCUCUUCAGCUUCAGCACCACCAAGGCGCCCUGCAUCCUCCUCUACGUCAGCUCCCUCAGCACCGACUUCCUGGCCGUGCUGGUCAAGCCCACAGGAAGCUUGCAGAUUCGGUACAACCUGGGAGGCACCCGAGAGCCGUACAAUGCUGAUGUGGACCACAGGAACAUGGCCAAUGGACAGCCCCACAGCGUCAACAUCACCCGUCAGGAGAGGACCAUAACGCUCAAGCUCGACCAUUACCCCUCUGUGAGCUACCAUCUGCCCAGCUCAUCGGACCUUCUCUUCAACUCUCCCAAGUCGCUCUUUCUUGGAAAAGUUAUAGAAACGGGCAAGAUCGACCAGGAGAUCCACAAGUACAACACCCCAGGCUUCACAGGCUGCCUCUCCAGGGUGCAGUUCAACCACAUCGCCCCGCUCAAGGCCGCCUUGAGGCACACGAACUCCUCGGCCCACGUGCACGUCCAGGGCGAGCUGGUGGAGUCCAACUGCGGGGCCUCCCCGCUGACGCUCUCCCCCAUGUCGUCCGCCACGGAUCCCUGGCACCUCGACCACCUAGACUCAGCCAGUGCUGAUUUUCCCUAUAACCCAGGACAAGGCCAAGCUAUAAGAAAUGGAGUCAACAGAAACUCAGCCAUCAUUGGAGGGGUCAUCGCCGUGGUGAUCUUCACCAUCCUCUGCACGCUGGUCUUCCUCAUCCGGUACAUGUUCCGCCACAAGGGCACCUACCACACCAACGAGGCCAAAGGCGCCGAGUCGGCCGAGAGCGCCGACGCCGCCAUCAUGAACAACGACCCCAACUUCACAGAGACCAUCGACGAGAGCAAGAAGGAAUGGCUCAUCUGAGAGGGGGCUGGGGGGAGGGAGGAGAGCACCCCGCUUUGUUACCCCUGAGCACACGACCCGACCGU